UCGAGAACGAUAAUUGAUUCUUGUAUGCACCACCAUCAUGAAUCUCUUAUUAUUAAUUUUGCCGGGGAUAUCAAUUUUGUUUGUGAAGCUGAGUGAUGCUUCUUAUUAUGGACAAUUGAUCAAGAACGUUUACGUUAAAUACAAUAUGCGUGCAGUCUUGAUAGUGAGGAGUGAACAAUCAAUGGAACGAUCUACGGUUUGGCACGAAUCGGCUAAGCAGCUAUUCGAUGAAGGAAUACCAAUUAGCUGUUGGCACACUAGUCAAUAUGACAACCGCACAAUGCAAUUAGAAGAAAAUAUUCAAGAUAUACUCCAUGUCAGUGAGUUGCGUACAAUGGAAGAACUGCAAGCUUUUCAAUUAUUCACCAAUAAUAUGGAGAUCAAUAAUGGUGUUUGGUUAAUGAUUUUUAUGAGCUAUGACAAUCAGGAUAUAUGCGAAUACUGUCAUGAGCCAUCUGAGGAUUUAUUCAAUUCAACAUUCGAUUUAAAACGACUUGUUGUAUGCUGCAAUUCGAAGACAGUGACAGAAUGGAAACGUAGUCACACAAAUGGUUUGAAAAACUUGGAAGUUGGUCAAUUGGUGGAUGACAAUCGAGGAGUUGUGUGGAUUGAUAAUUCCAAUUACUAUGACCAUUUCUCUAUGAACGAAUUAUCGAUAGCGAUGAAUUUUACAAUAUCAAAGAUGAUGUGGGAUCAUCAAUUCGGUACAUGGGAUGCUGAAACCGCGAAUUGGACGGGUGCAAUUGGUAAGGUCCAUCGAAACGAAGCUGACAUUGGUGUUUCUGAUUUCCUUAUGACUAAUCGACGAGCAGAUGCCGUCUCAUUUGCAUCUCCAAUUAUAUACGAAAAAUUGAAACUGAACAUUAAAAAAAACGAUGCUGGAUACGUAAUGUUGAAAGCCUACUUCAAGUCUUUAGCCACUGAUGUCUGGAUAGUAAUAAUUGGUUUAAUCGUAAUAACACCUCUCUUGUUGACGAUCAUCAGAUAUAGAAGACGAGAUCAUUUUUUUCCACUUCUCUUUGAAAACUAUUCAUCCAUUUGGGGUAUUUACUGCCAACAAAGCCUGCCAGAGUGUCCAGAACAGCCAUCUCAGAGAAUUAUUUAUCUGUCAAUAUUGAUAUGUUCGUACGUCACUUUGGGCGCAUACUCUGGAUCAAUGAUCAGUAGUCUAGCCGUGAUACAAGAUUCAUCAUUUAAUACACUGGAAGAUCUAAUUGAAGAUGGUUCUUAUAAGCUCCUGGUGUUCGAUACGAGUCUAAUAGAUCACUUUUUCACUGUUUCCGAUGAGAGGCUACAGAAGAAGAUGAAGUCUCUUAUCAUACCGUUGAACUCCACUUCUGGAAGCAAUGAGGAAGCGUUCCAACGGGUAUGCCGUGAAAGAGUGGCUUUUUUUACGACUGAGAGCACAAAGAAGGCCCUAUUCAAUGUUAUACCUUGCGAACUUUCUUCCAUUGGAACUGGAAUUGUCGCUACUGCAUCAAUAAUCCUGCCUUUGAACAGCAUAAAUUUGGCACCAAUUAAUGACAAUCUUCGGAAAUUCAGAGUUAACGGCUUAAUACGACGAUUGGAGCAAAAUUACUUCAGGCAGUUGGAACGAAAAAAAACAGAGCAUCCACCAGUAACAGUGAGAGGAAUCGUACCACUUCUGAUGAUCCUCGCUGUCGGAUUGUCAGUUGCUCUUAUAAUUUUCAUGAUCGAACGAAAUACUCCCUGGUUUAUGCAGAAAACCUACAAUACAAGUACACGAAGGGUUCGUCUAGGAAAACACACGACAUUUCCAUU